CCUCCGCGGGCACCGGGGUCGAGGCCCAGGCGAGGGACUGGGGGUCGCUGGGAGCCAGGCCGGCGUCCCCGGCCGGGCUGGCAGCGCUCAGCACCCUCCUGGGGCACGAGAAACCGAGCCCCUGACUCGCGGGGCAGCGACAGGUUCAGGCGGGCGCAGGAGCGUGCUGCGAGUACUGGCAAUGGCUGCCCUGUGGGAAGAUGUCCUGUAUAACGAGCCGGUCAUCCGGGAGGCAGCAGCGCUCGCUGUGGAUGCCGCGCUCCUCGAAGGCGUGCUGAUGCGGACCGAGAAAGAGCCCAAUGCUUCAGACGUGGUGAAUUAUGCUCCCUUCACAUUGCUCCCAUCAGCUGUACCAAGUGCCCUGUUUGAACAAGCAUAUGCUGUUCAGCAAGAUUUUAACCUGCUUGUGGAUGCCAUUAGCCAAAACAAAGAGUUCCUGGAGCGUACUCUUGCUAGCACCAUCAAGGUAGAUGACUUUACAGCUCGACUCUUCAGAAUCUACACGCAAGUUUUGGAAGAAGGAUUGGCUCAGUCUGUGUUUUUAGGCAUAAACCGCUCUGAUUACAUGUUUGACUGUGAUGUGGAUGGGACACCGGCUCUGAAGCAGAUCGAAAUAAACACCAUUGCUGCCAGCUUCGGAGGCCUCACCUCCCGAACUCUAGCUGUUCAUCGGCGGGUGUUAAAGGUGCUGGGAAAAUCUGAGGAGGCAUCGCGUCUGCUGCCCAACAAUCCAUCAGAAGGGCUUGCCUUGGGUAUUGCUAAAGCCUGGGAGCUGUAUGGGUCACAAAGCGCUGUGGUGAUGUUCCUGGUGGAGGAAGUCCAAAGGAAUAUUUUUGAUCAGCGGUGUGUAGAAAAUGAACUUUGGAACAGGAAUAUUCGGGUCAUCAGGAAGCAGUUCAGAGACGUGUUUGAAAAGGGGUCUCUAGAUGAUGCCAGGAGGCUGUAUAUAGAUGGCCAGGAGGUAGCAGUGGUGUACUACAGAGAGGGCUACGUGCCAAAAAACUAUGAUCUGCAGAACUGGGAGGCACGAUUGCUGCUGGAGAGGUCAAAGGCAGUGAAGUGCCCUGACAUUGCUACCCAACUUGCUGGGACCAAGAAGGUCCAGCAGGAGCUGAGCCGACCAGGGACACUGGAGAGAUUACUGCCUGGCCAUGCAGAAUCUGUUGCUCGGAUAAGAGCAACAUUUGCUGGGCUCUAUUCCCUUGACUUGGGAGAAGAGGGUGACAAGAUGGCUGCUACAGCUAUUGCUGACCCUGACUGGUUUGUGCUGAAGCCACAGCGAGAGGGUGGAGGGAACAAUCUCUAUGGUGAAGAGCUCAGGCAAGUUCUGGAGAAGAUCAAAGACAGCCCUGAGAGAACCUCUUACAUUCUAAUGGAUAAGAUCAAACCACAGCCAUCAAAGAAUUGCUUGCUGCGGGCACAUAGUCCUUUGAAAGUUUCAGAGUGUAUCUCUGAGCUUGGGAUUUUUGGCGUCUAUGUCAGACGAGGUAAGGAGAUGGUGAUGAACAAGUCUGCUGGCCACCUCCUGCGGACCAAGGCAAUUGAGCAUGCGGACGGUGGGGUAGCAGCUGGUGUGGCAGUGUUGGACACUCCCUACUUGGUGUGAGGAGGUGAUACCCCAUCCUGCCUGCCUUACUCUGCUGCCCGAAUUGCUGAUCUACCACAGGGGUGUUUUCCUUAGGGUGUGGUUACCAAGGCCUUGAGUGUUUGAGAUCAUAAGGGACUGUAUGAACAUAAUCAUUCCAAAAGUGCUGCGGACCAGCCCCAGCUUCUCAUCUGCAAUUCCUCCUGUGAGAAGAGAUUCCCUUCCUCUACCUGCUCAGUGGUUCCAGUUCUUGCCCCAGGUGCAUGUCCCAGCCCUGACCUCCCAGCACUGCACUGAUUUGGAUGUUUCUUUGGGGCUAGCCUGCAGGCGGUGCUAUGUAUUGCAAAGCUGAAGGGUAAGGUGCUACACCAGGCACUUGUGCUGUUCCCAGUUCUAAGCUCCUUGAUGCUACAUUUGUUUCCAGAGAUGAAGAGGAAACCCAAAGCCCAGAGAAAGGAAGGAGAUGGAGGCUGUGAAAGUGUCAGCCUUCAUCUGUGGGCUUUGUGGCCCAGUGCCCCUUGUGCUUCCCAUCUGUCUCAGUGCUUUUCAGACUGUAGGUGGGAGCCCAGCUCAAUAUGUCCAUGGCCGAUCCAGCCCUUGCUUAGGGGCUAUUACUCUAAUUCCUACCUUUCCCAAUGCUGGAGGAUCAUCAGCUCCUAUGCAAGAGGCAGCUGCUGUGGUGUAAUUCAUCCAAGGGCACCUGGCCCACUCUUGCUUUGCCCAAUUCCUUCAGGAGGUUUUGUUGGACUGGAUGUUCAUCCCAAGCAGUGCUUCUACGCUACACAAGGAAGGCAGCAGUGCAGAAUCCAUCCUGAGCUCUAUGCCUUCUCCAUGGCAGGGGGGCUAGCUCUGCUCCAGUUGCCUCUUGCAGCCUAUCUACCUGUGUUGAACUGUCUCGCUGUUCAGGACCACGUUCAACUCUUUCUACAAUAAGAAUGGGACGUCUAGCUGCUGGUAGUGUAACAUGCUCUGAACAGAAGGUGACAUCGCUGCCCACUCCCUCUGUCCUGCCUCGUGAUGAAGGAGAACAGAAGCAUCCUCCCGUCCCAGAGGUGGCACUCCAUGAGGAUCCUCAGGUUGGAAAGUUGAGCGCUUCAGGAUAAUGCUGCCACCCCCAAAGGCAGGAGGGGCUGCAGUGACAACGCUGGCUUCCCCAUGUUGGGUCUUAUGUGCAAAGGCAGAAAAUCUCUCGUGCUGCCUUGUGCUGGCUGCUGUUGUAUUCCUCAUCCCUUGGGCUCAAGCUGAGGCAGUGACUGACCCCCCACGCACCAUUUGGCACAAGAUUCCCUCAACUAUAGUGGCAAAUCCCAAAGCAAGAGUGAACUGGAGUCUUUUAUCAGCCAGUGUGUUGAUAUUUCCUGAAUCCAUGAGGGCUUAUGCCAGUGCAUCCUGCUGAAUUGUGCGCUGAACAUCUCCAGCCUGAUCUGCCACUACAGUAGGAAGCACGAACCAUGGCAGGGGGCAGGAUGGCAGCAGGGAGGCCCGACCUCUUUAAUCAUCCUCCCCAGGACUUGUGGUGUGAUGAGACAGGUAGCUUUGUGGGUGGGAAGCAGGAGUGCUCAGAGGUGAGACUGAGGGGAGAAACCCUAGCCCAAGCUGCUAGGUGAUUGGCGUUGCUGCCUGCUGCGUUCUGACACAGGAGUUUGUUUGGUAGUUCCUAGACAGAGCUGUGGCAGCCCGUUACUGCCUCCGUGGCUUUGCCACUGCCGCCACACUGGUCCCAGUGCAAGUGGAUGGCAAGAGCUGUCUCCCUCGAGGUUUCAUGAAUUGGUGGGAACAGUGCAGGGAGGAAUUGGGCUCUACUCCGUGCCCUGGAAAAAAAACGUGCUCUAAUUCCUGUGGGCUUUUGCGUGUUCUACUGGUGUGACCUUCCUCCAGCCAGCCCUUGGCUCAGCCAAGCAAUUCAUAGUGAAACAUAUGCGAUGAACCUUUCAGAAGUGGCCUGGUAAAGCACUCACGUAGCCUUAGCUCUGCCUUCCUUUUAGUGACGCCUGAGAGAUGGAUCUUUAACGCAGCAUUUCUUAAGUGAAUUUGCUGAUUGAAUCUGUGCCUACACGCUGCCAUGUGCAUCGCUGCUCUGGAGCUGUGCAGCAGCCCCCUUGGGCAACGUUCAGGCUAGGUGCUUUAAUCACAAAUCUUUGAACUUGGCAGUCUUUCAGUUUUUUUUUUUAAUGUAACUGGACUUACAAUUCCUGGGUUGUUCUUUAACUGGGGAGAGGGGCUAAUUAACCCCAUGCAGAGAUUUAUUAAAAUGUUCAUGCAAUCCGAA